AUGGUGGACAUAUCAAUCAGAAGUAUCCAGACCACCAACAUGAUCCUCUCCUCCUUGUCUUUAGUCAUCUUGGUGAUGGGAACCAUCGCGGAAAAAUGGGUUGAACUGAAGUUGGAAGCAAAAAAAAUCACAAUAAACCACAGUCCCUGGAUGCUAUGUUGCAUUACGACUUGGCCAGAAGAUGACCUGGAAGUGGUCAGGAUCAUGAUGAUUUUGACCCUCAGUCUUUCAUUCCUCCUUAACUUGGUCCUGGGUAUGGAAUUCACCUAUCUGAUUCCUCAAACCAAAUAUAUCCACUUCAUCACUGCCUUCCUCAGUUUCCUCACAGGUAUCCUUCUGCUCUCUGCACUCCUACUGUAUCACCAUAAGCUAAGGCAAGGUCAAUCCGUGUACUACUCUAGUUACAAGAUCACCUGGAUCCCCUACACUGCCUACGUAAUCGUUACCUUCUUUGUUACCUGUGGGAUCCUCUCUAUCCUAAACAGUUUGCAGUUUGUCAAGCACUUUACCUGCCUGAACAUCAUCAACAAAUCUGAUAGGGAACGUAACGAAGUACCACAAUCUGGGAAUUCUAUCAAAGUUAUUUCAACAGCAGACCCUAGUAUAAAGCCUCGUAGCAUUGUCCGUCUGCACUCCGUGAGUGUAAAGGGUGAUGUUCUAGACAAAUCACCACCAGUUCAAGUACGUCGUGUAACCUGGGCUCUAUGA